AUCAGCUGAACCAUCUUCCAACCUCACACGCACAAACAGUGAAUCUGUCUCCAACCUGUCAGAGUCUGGAUCAGUGAAGAAGGGGGAAAGGGAGCUGAAGAUGGGAGAUCGUGUAUUGGUUGGUGGUACAAAAGCAGGAGUGGUACGUUUCCUUGGAGAAACGGAUUUUGCUAAAGGCGAGUGGUGUGGUGUGGAAUUGGAUGAGCCCUUAGGAAAGAAUGAUGGGGCAGUGGCAGGCACAAGAUAUUUUCAAUGUCAACCCAAAUAUGGCUUAUUUGCUCCAGUGCACAAAGUCACACGCAUUGGAUUCCCCUCCACCACGCCAGCUAAAGCAAAAACAACAGUUCGGAAAGUAGUGGCCACACCAUCGGGGCUGAAAAGAAGCCCCAGUGCCUCGUCCAUCAGUACAAUGAGUUCUGUGGCAUCCUCUGUCAGUGCCAAACCUAGCCGCACAGGCCUGUUAACAGAAACAUCGUCACGAUAUAAUCGAAAGAUUUCAGGCACCACUGCCCUGCAAGAGGCGCUGAAGGAGAAGCAACAGCACAUUGAGCAGCUAAUGGCUGAGCGGGAUAUGGAGAGAGCUGAGGUUGCAAAGGCCACCAGCCAUGUUGGAGAGAUGGAGCAAGAAAUGAGCCUGCUCAGGGAUGAUCAGGAGCAGAUGGAGGCAAAGAUGGAUCAGUUACGUGCCUUGGUAGAAGCUGCAGACAGAGACAAAGUGGAACUGCUGAAUCAGUUGGAGGAGGAGCGCAGAAAGGUAGAGGACCUUCAGUUUCGUGUCGAAGAAGCUUGCAUUACCAAAGGAGACCUUGAGACGCAGACCAGACUGGAGCAUGCCCACAUUAAGGAGCUUGAACAGAGCCUGCUCUUUGAAAAGACCAAAGCUGAGAAACUCCAAAGAGAGUUAGAAGACACUAGGGUUGCUACUGUGUCAGAAAGAUCCCGUAUUAUGGAGCUUGAGAGGGACCUUUCGCUGCGAAUAAGAGAAGUAGCUGACCUGAAACUGCAGCUUGGGACCCAGCAGGGCCCUGAGAACUCAAACUCCACUCUUUCUCCCCUUCUGGAAGAAAUAAACUCUCUGAGGGAACAGUUGGCUUCUCAAGAAGCUAAGCAGCAAGAAGAGCUGGCAAAAUACAAGGAGACACUAGAGGCUCAAGAGAAGACCCAUAGCGAAGCGGUUGCCCAGCUUCAGGCGGCAUCUGUAAAGCUGUCUGGUGACAAGGAGCAGUUGCAGAUGCGUUUAAGCCAGGCUGAGAAGGAGAAUGCUGAGAUUAUUCAACAGUGGCGUUCCAAGAUGGAAUCUGCUAUUGCCUCUCAUCAGCAAACCAUGGAGGAGCUGAAGGUGUCUUUCAGCAAAGGCACAGAUGAACAGACAGAAGAGCUUGUAGAAACAAAAAGUGCACUAGAGAAGAUGAAGUUAGAACACAGUUUGGCUCUAGAGGAAGCUGGAACUAAACAUGAGGCUGCCGCCACAGCUUGGGCUCAGGAGAUGCAGACACUAAAGGCACAGCUGUUGUCUUUGACUGAGGACAAACAGCGACUGGAGGAGUCACUGCAGUCCAGUGGAGAAAAAGCAGAGGAGCAGCACCUUGUGGAGAUGGAAGAUGUUCUAGGGAAGCUUCAUGCUGCCGAACUUAGGGUAAAGGAGCUUGAGGAGAAAGAAGCAAUACUGGCACAACAGGCCCAAGACAAGGACAGGGAAACCAAAGAGCAGAUGGCAGAAGUGGUGGCCCUGCGCAGUCAAAUUGCACAAAGUACCCAGGAGAUUGUGACCCUGAAGAGUCAGUUAGAGGAGACUCAGAGCCAAGGAAACGACCACAGUGCCAAGGUUAGUGAACUGACCUCUCAGUUGGAGAGCCAACAGAAGGAAGUCCUCUCAUUACAGGAGAGUCUAACUACUGUAAAGCAGGAGAAGGACACCCUGGAGCAGGAGCUUGGAGGCCUGAAACAAAAGUUGGCCACAAGCACAGAGGAGCAGACUAAAUCAGCAAAAACUAUGCAAGAAACACUCGAGAAGCUCAGUAAGAAGGAAGACCAGUUUGUAUCUUUGACCACAGAGUCAGAGUCUCUAAGAAGUCAGCUUAGUGGGCUGGAGAGGAAGCUGAAGGCUGCAGAUGAAAAACUUGAGCAGCUUUUGAAGGACAAAAGCAAGCUGGAAAAUGAUAUUUCAGACAUGAUGAAGGCAUCUGGUGAUAGUUCAGUACAACUGACCAAAAUGAAUGAAGACCUCAUACAGAAAGAAAGGAGGCUUGAGGAGUUACAGAGUCGGCUUGCAGAAGAGAAGGAGAAGGUGGCACACUUGAAUGAACAGCUCCAGCAGGAACAGUCACACAAAAAGCAGGAGCUAAAAGAAACCAAGGAAACACAUCAAUCUCAAAUAAGUAGCCUCCAGGAAAAGAUUGCCUUCUUGGAGAAGACUGUUAAACAGGGUGAGACACUGGCUGAGGAGCUGAAGGCCUCUCAAGAGAAAUCUUCACAAGCCUCGGAGCUCCAUGUGAAGGAACUUGAGGUGCUAAAGAGUCAGGUUAACAAGUUGAAGCAGGAGCUCUGCUCCUCCAAGAACCAAACUCAGGAGCUAGAGAAGCUGGUGUCUGAGCUGCAGCCGUACAAGGAACAGGCUCAGCGUCUUUCUGCUGAGCUUGAUUCCUACAAGCAUGAUGUUGAACAGUUGUCCAAAAAGCUGGAAAAGCAGAGUCUAGAUCUGGAAACUAUUUAUAAGGAAAGUGAGGAUGUUCAGGCUGAGAAAGGCAAACUGCAGGCUCAACUUUCAGGUUUGCAGACUAAGGUCUGUGCCCUUGAAAUCAGUCACCAGGAGCUUUCAGCCGAGAAUGAAGAAUUGCUAAUAACCAGAGAUAAGCUUUCAAAACAUCAAGAGGAACUUCUCGCCAACAACAAGUGCUCAGAUGAAGAGAGGGUUUCAUUGAUCAAGGAGCUGGAGAGGCACAAAGAUCUUCUUCAGGAAUUACAGAAUGAAAACAAGAACCUGAACAAUGCUAAAGGUGAAUGCGAGGCUCAGAUUGAGGAGCUUCAGAGUCAAAAUGCACAGAAGAAUGACUUGCUCCUAAAGCAUCAACAGGACAUCCAGCAAAUUGAGGCUAAAAAGAAGCAUCUACUUGAGGAUUAUGAAAGUGUUUGCCAAGAGAGGAACCGACUUGAGGCAGACCUCAACCAAAGCAAGUUGAAGCUCACAUGUGAGAAGGAUGAUCUAAUUUUAGAGAGGGAUACUGCUAGAAAUGCAAAAAAAUCUCUUGACACUAAGAUUGUCAAGUUGCAGGCAAAACUUAAUUCCUUGAACUUGGAAAAGGAAGAUCUUACAAUGAAGAAUGCCCAGCUGCAGGCCCUCACAGAAACACUUACAAAAGAGAAGUUGCAGAUGUCUUCUGAACUCAGUUCUGCUGUGUUGGACAAAAAGAGCCUUGAGACGGUAAAGGAGGAGCUCCAGAAUAAGCUCAGUGUUGCAAAGAAAGGCUUGGAGAGCUCUGUCUGUGAAUGUGAAGAACUUAAAGCCUCAAAAAUUAGCCUGGUCCAGAUGCUGGAAGACUUUAAGACAAGUAAUCAGGUAACAGAUUCUGAGAGACUUCAUCUUCUGCAGGAGAAAGAAGACUUGCUUGCAAUAGAAAGGAAAGCCUGUAAUGAGAAGGAAGCGCUCCUCAAAGAGAUAGAAGAGUUAAAGGAGAAGCUUCAACUCUCAACAGAACAACUGUCUGAGUCCAACAAGAAAUUUAAAGAAGUGUUAUCAUCUUUUGACCAAGAGAAGCAAGUGCUUCACCUUCAGAAUUCUGAAACAGUGAUGACUCUCCAUGCUGUUCGUAGAGAAAAGAUGAACCUGGAUUCAGCACUGCAGCAGCAGAAAUUGGAUUAUGAGCAUUUGGCAGAGGAGAAGAGUGAGUUAGAAGAGAAGUACACAAAAGCCAUAUCUGAGAAAAAUGCUCUUUCUGUUAAGCAAGAUAAAGUAGCAAGUGAUAUCCGAACAAUUAAGGAUCAGCUGGGUAGUUACUCCAGAGCUAAUGCUGACCUUAUUCAAGAGAAGUCUCAUUUAACAACAAUGAUAGAGGAAACCAAACUUGAAAAAGAAAAGGUUGAAGCAGAAGUGACCUCUUUGAAACAAGAAAAGGCUGAGCUACAAAGUGAACUACAGAACCAUAACUCUGAUAUUGAAAUUCUUGUAAAGCACAAGACUGAACUUGUUCAAGAGAAUUGUAAACUAAAAUUGGAUUUUGAGAAGACUCAUUUAGAACUUGCAGAACAAGUGGAAAAUCUUACAAAAGACUGUCAGCAUCUGCAGUCAUUGCAGUCUGAGGCUGACACAAAAGUUCAGUCCUUGCAGAAAGAGAACCAGGGGCUGUUGCAGGAGAUCCAGGAGAUAAAAAAUCAGACUGACUUAUUGUCAGAGGCCAAACAUCUGGUUGAGAUCCAACUACAGGCUGAGUCCAGUGAAAGGAAUAAAGUAAUAUUUGACAAGGAUGAGCUUUCCAAACAAAUUCAAGAGCUACAGAAAGCAUUGUCCAAAGUUGCACAAGAAAAUGAAGAGAUUUCUUCUAACCUUAAGAACGCUGAUGAUCAAAAGAAGUCUUUGAUGGUGGACGUGGAGGCUUUGAAAUCACAACUGAAGCAGCAAGAGCAACAGGCCACUCGGUUGAUAGAAGAUAAAGAACAUCUUUUGUCUAAGCUUAAGGAGAUGGAUAAACAGAUGACCUUCCUGACCACAGAGAAAGAGGACCUUUUAGCUGGACAGUGUAAAUUAGAGCAGGACAUUUAUUCUUUCCACACAAGCCAGGAAAACUGGCUUGCGGAACAGUCAAAGCUCCUUGAAGUGUUAAAGACGUUGCAGGCUAGCCAGAAACAACUAGAGGUUGAUGUCGGAGCUCUACAGACUGAUAAAGACCUUUUGGAGAAGCAAUACAAGAAGGCUGUUGCGGAUGUAUCAGCUUCUGUCGUUGUAAAUAAAGAGAUGUCCUCCAACAUCUCAACUCUUACAGCUCAGAAGGAUGCCCUGCAGGUGGAGAGAGAUGAAACCAUCCAGCAAGUCAGGCAGCUCGAGUCCCAACUAAACAAUGCUAUUUCUAAGCAGCUUGAGGCUACAGAGGCCUCUGGCAAGACUGCUGAGGCUUUUGAACAGCUGGCCAAAGAGAAAGCCAGUUUGAUGCAAGAAAAGAACAAAGUUCAGUCUGUGGUGGAAGAGCUCCGGAGCUCCAAGCAGGAACUAGAGGCCCAGCUGGAAACAUUGAAGAAAGAGAAUUUGAAGUACCAAGAAGAUCUGAAUGUAUCCAAAGAGGAGCUUUGCACAGAAACCAAGAGGACCAAGAGUCUGUGCCAGGAAAUUGACGAGCUUAAAGAAGCGGUUUCUGUGAAGUCGCAGAUGCUGCAAGAUGAGAAUAACAAGCUGAUUCAGGAGCUUGAUAACAAGCACAAAGGCCAGAGUGAUCUUGUAAAGCUCAAGGAAGAGCGCUCCAAACUCAAAAAACAACUGGAGGAGUUGAAGCAAAGACUUCCAAAUAAUGCCGUCAGUGAAAACGUCUUGAAGGAGCAGUUGGACAAAGAGAAGGCCGCUUUCCAACAGUCCAUACAUAAAAAUAGUGCCUUAAUCUCAGAAAAGGACCAGGAGGUGAAGGAGCUGAGGAGCGAGCUGGCUGUACUGCGAGGGGAAAGUGCCUCAAUUAAGACACUGCAGGGUACAAUUCAGGCCUUGGAGCGGGACAAGGCAAAUCUGCAGGAGCGUGUUCAGAGAUUUGAGAAGGACCUAGCUGCAGGGCCUGAAACCAACAAGUCCUCAGGUGAUGCAGUUUUAGACCAACUAAAGGAGGAUAAGGAGACAGCAGACAGUCAGAUUGAAUUCCUGAAUUCAGUCAUCGUUGACCUCCAGAGGAAGAAUAAGGAACUCAAAGAAGAUAUGGAGAAAAUGGCAGCUGCUGCUCUCAAUGGGAAUAAUACAAAUGAGCUGGAUGACUAUGAUAGCCGUGAGAAAGAACCCGUGAAGAAGAAGCCACCCCCACGGCUGUUCUGUGACAUCUGCGACUGCUUUGACCUACAUGACACCGAGGACUGUCCCACACAAAUGCAGAUGAAUGAUUCCCCUCCACACAGCGCCUAUCAUGGCGUUAAGGGCGAAGAACGGCCCUACUGCGACAUCUGCGAAGUCUUUGGCCACUGGACUGAUGCCUGUAAUGAUGACCAGACCUUUUAAAGCCUUUCUAACCCUCAUUCGCACAAUCACUCUAUUUGCACAUUGUGUAAGAUUAUGUGAUGCUUUUGGGGUUUCAGUUUGUAUGUGCGUGUGCUUGUUUUUGCCAGCCAUCUUUGUCGUCCACGCUGACCCUUAAGCGCUCUUACAGGGGAAUGAUCUCCUGACUCGCUGUCCCAAACAUCCAGAAAUAUAUUAUACAGAAGUCUGUAAUUUUAAAUGACUCUGGAGGAAAAACGGUGUGAUAUCCUGUGCUAGUAUGAAUGAAGGGGUUCUGUAGAUGAAAGUGUUGUGGGAGAAGCCACAGUCUCUUCACAUCAUUAAUUUAUCAAUAUCCUAACACUGUUUGCACAGCUUGUGGAGGGGUUACACAGAUUAUAUUGUAUCACAGAGGUGUUUAUUUGAAACUGUAAAUGACUUGAUCGAUAAACAGAUGUCAGUUGUGCAAAAAAAA